AUGUCUCAAGUUUACGAGGGUUUCAACAUACACGCCCAGUUGGACCAUCUACAUAUGCGCUAUCCUGGCACUGGUCAUGCUGAUAUGGGCCGCUAUGAAUGGGCUACCACUAUUCAUAGGGAUACGAUGGCAUCCCAUGUGGGUCACCAGUCGAGACUGGCAUACAUCGCCAUAUGUGAGAAUGAGCCCAUUGCUAGAGUACGAUACAACUGCCUUAUGAGUAUGUUGCAUCCAAUAACGAGACCGGCCACCAAGGAAGAGCGCGAGAAGAUGGAGAACUGA